AUGGAUUUGCUGACCGGAUAUGGCUCAGAUGCUUCGGACAAUGAAGAUAAUGUUGUACCAACCUCGAACUCGGUCCCUGUCACCGAGGGCAGGCAGAGCACAGUGGCUCAGGCUCAGCAACAACAGCAACAAAUACAGUCUGAACGAGAAGGGGUGAAAGCCAACGGUGGGGGAAUCCCAAGUGAAGGCGGCACUGGUGAUGGGCUGUGGGAGCGGCUGCCCAGACCAGCAGUCACAUCCUCAACCCCUUCCAUCAGCGGCCUCGCCAGCCUGCCGCCGCCCUCAGGGGGAGAGCCCCGUGGAGGCGGCGGUGGCACCCGUAAAGUUGUCACAAUGCAGCUUCCUUUCCGCAAGGAGCUGCUCGCGGCUGCACUGGACAGCGACGACGAAGAUGAGCCCGCAGCAAAGCGGGUCAAAACUGCCGGCGGAAAGUCCCGCCUGAUGGAUUUCCUCCCACCUCCAAAAUACGAUACAGGAAUUGCACGACCGUUAGGCGCAGUAUCCACCAAGGCGGCAGCACCGGCGCCCCCAGCAGCAGCACCACCACCAGUACCAGCUCCGGGCGCAUUUGGGUCCACAGCGGCAGGCAGCAGCGCCGGCGCUCUUCCCGCGGACUUUUUCACUGGUGGGGCCCCGCCGGCCCCGUACGGCAAUGAAGCCUACCGCGUCCGUGACGACGACGCCGAUGACAUGCCCGGGGCGGCCAAUCAUCCGGGGCCCGCCUACUACGGUGCUGCUGGGUUUGCCGCUUCCCCCGCAUACUACGCGUACACACCACACGACUAUGGGCCCUCGGCAUCUGGGCCACCGCUAUCAGGAGGCACAGCGUCCGGCCGGGUUAGUACGGCAGCCAUGCCGCCGCCGCCGCCUGCGGGCCCAGAGGACCUCAUAGCGGAGGCGCUUCGGGCCGAGCAGGAGCGCGCCAGCAAGCGCGGUGGCGGCGGUGCGGGCGGUAUGAAACUUGUGGAGAUCAACGCUAAGGACCUAACCCGCAUGGACCCCGCAGCCAAGGAGGCCGCCAACAGCGCACGGGACGCGCUGGGACCCGAGUAUGCUCUCUCACUUCGGCGGUCCGCCGCCCCCUUCGAGGGCAGCAAGAUGGCUCGUCGCAAGCACCAGAUCGGUACGCUGCUGUUUAACGCGCGGAUGCAGGAGCUGGAGCACAUGGAGAAACGGACCCAGGGGCAGAAGAGCAAGGCCGAGACGGCCGCCAAGUACGGCUGGUGA